AAAAAUUCUGAAGACUCAAAAGAAGAGAGAGGAAGGGAGAGGACCCGAUGUUGACAAAUUCCAUGUCACCGUUCUUGGAAGCCCGUUUGUUUUCGUCGGGGAGAGAGAUUCUUAUCUGGGAUCUCUAUAUCUCAUCUUCCAGAGAGAUGGCCCAGCGGAUCGAAAUUCCUGCCGUCCAUUCUUCAACCUGAUUACCAUCUGAGCUUUUUCAAUGGCAUUUCAGAGAAACCCAGUUGUCUCCUCCUGCUCUCUGUCUUCUUCCCAUUUGUCGACGUCGCGUUAUUUUGACGGGUCGUUUACUUCAUGCAUGUUUCUGUGGUUGCCAUCGUGGGAGGGAGUCGAGGGCUGCUGUGAAUUUUUCUAAUGACGGAGGAUUUGAGGGAUGAUUGAGAACGUCGCGAGGGUUUAAAGAGUUUGCAGGAAUGGGAACAAAAGUACAGUGCAAGAGCUACUUGCCUGGAUAUUACCCCAUGAGGGAUCUUAAUUUGAACGCUAACAAUGGUAGCUGGUCUCUGUCUUACGAAGAGAAAAUAUUGAAGAGUGGCCAAUACUAUAACUAUUUCUCAUCAACGCCUAUGGAUGGAUCAGAGUAUGAUAAGGAAGCACUAAAGAAGACGAUGCUCAAGCAUGAAGUUACAUUCAGGAAUCAGGUACAUGAAUUACACCGUCUUUAUAGAAUACAAAGGGAUUUGAUGAAUGAGCUUCAUAAUAAAGAACUGAACAAAUAUUCUGCACUAUUUGAGACAUCACAACCAGAUCCAUUUUCAUCUCAAAUACCAUUUGGAGAUACCCAAAACAUAUGGAAAAUGCCUACCUUACCAGGGGCAAAGUUCAGUUGCAGCUGGCCAUCUUUGUUGGGCGCUGACAACAAACAAUCUCCGCUCAACUUUGCAAAGGAUAUCCAAAUGCAUACAGGCUUAAGUCCAACAAAAAACAGAGUUAAUGCAAAGGACAAUGAAUUGCUGGACUCCAAACUCAAGAAGGUUACGAGAACAUUUGACCUACAACUUCCGGCCACUGAUUACAUUUUCAGUGAAGAUGGGGAAGCAAUCCAAGAGGAAAAGGGUCGUGAGUUGCCUUUGGCUGCAAUGCAUUCUCCCAGUGGACAAUGUGGCGUUGAACAUGAGAGUGAUGUGAACCUGUCUCUUGGCAGUGGUGGGGAUCCUAGUUACAAGGUAGAUGAUUGGAGACCGAAUUCACAUUUGCAUGGUGGCCACAUCCACUGUGUGGCAGACUUGAAUAAACCCAUCCAAGGAAUGUGCAGUGAGGAAGCAGAAGCUUCAGCUUCAGUCAGUUUUCUAGGCUUCAUGUGCCACCGUGCAGAGACUCAAGGGAAACAAGUGCCUUCAGUACAGAAUUUAGGUAUUUUUGGUCGGUCAAAUGAUUCAUUGCAGGAUAACCAGAAAAGUGAAGAUUGCAGUAGUUUCUCAAACUUUUUGCAUGGAGAGAAUGGGACUAAACAUGAACAGCUAUCCUACUGUCUUGAAGCUGGGAAAUGUAGAAGCAAAUCAAAUUCCUUUUCUCCAGUUCUCUGUCAUGAGCAAUCACCAACAUCAACCAAAUCGAUACAAACUGAGCUUAAGAAAGCUCAUGAACUUCCAGCAUUACCUUUGGCAGAUAAGAGUAAAAGAGAAGCAUCAUUUAUAGAAAAUGCAACAUGCAGUAUACAGAUCCCUAGAAGUCCUCGUCUCAACAUCUCUAACCAUUCAGCACCAGUGACUCCUCAAAUACCUACUCGCUUUUCAGAUGUUUCUUCCACUGAUGAUGUCAAUGCUGCAUCUCCCCUGGUUUCGUCUUGGAAACAACCAGCGAACCGCAUAAUCCGUGUUCCUGUAGCAGCUCAGGCACUUCCUUGUAUUAAUGGGUCUGCUGCAUUGAAUGUGCAGACCAAGAGUUCUAACCCCUCUAUUCAAAGUCCCAGACAUAAUUGGGACCUCAACAGCAAUUUGAGCUUGCACCCAAGUUUCGGAAGUGAAGUAUGCUACCAGAAUGGUUUCAACAAUGGGUCCUCCUCAGAAUCUAAUGUGCCCCAUGUAGUACCUUUGAUCGGCUUUGAAAAGCUGAACCCAGAUGUUGGUGAUUGUUCAGCUUACAACCCCGUUGAGGGUGGUGUGCCUGGAAAGAUAUUAACGGGUUUGCAUUUCCAGGACGUGAAGUCUGCAAAUGAUAUAAAUUUGAAUGUCUGUCUUCCGAAUGGCUUCCGAGAGGAAGUUGAUCACCGAAGCGAUCAUGUGCUCAUUGGAGGGGAAAGGAAACACAGAGAUUCUCGGAUGUCGUGGCUUAGAACAAGACCAGUCUGUAACGAAUCCAGAAGUCUUGGAGAUGGUGCAGCCCAGAUGGAUCUGGGUUUCAUAGAGGCUUGCUCUGGGCUGUUGUCUAGCCAAGAUGCAAAGAUCCAGCUGCUGGAGUGUGAAAAUAAAACAGAAAAGGGUCCAGUUUUUUUAAAGGAUUUCUCAUCAACUUUGCAUACUGAGGAUGGAGAAACCUGCAAGACUGAUCAGGCCGAGAGCCCGAGUAAUAAGAACAUUGGUUUUCCUGCCCUCAGCAAGUCUUCAAAUUUCGAGGGUCAGCAUGCUUUUAGCUCAUCCUCCAUGCCGUGUCGGAUCCAAUCUGAAAUCAAUGAUGCUGAGAAGAGUGUGAGAGUUGGUUUGCUUCAUGCAGAUAUUGCUUGUGAUCUUCCACUGCAUGACUCAGAAAAGCAGAUUCAUGCGGAGAAUCCGGUCACACAUAAGGGGAUUGAUAGCAAUAGAACUAUGGGUUCUACAGAUCGUGAAAUUAAUUUGAAUUCUAGAGUGGAUAUGUUGGAUAUUUCGUUUACAUCCACGAAUGAUUCAGAGUUCUCCACUUCUGUUUCCGGUGCUCCCCUGGUGGAUAUUGCAGUUGCAAUCGAUUUGGAGACCCCUAUCCUUCCAGACACAUUCGAGUUCACCCCUCCCACCCCUCCCAGGGGACCUGUGGCAGCCAACAAACAGGUGACAUCUACACAACCGAAGCAAUGUGAGAUGGAGGGCCCAAAGAAUCUACUUGCCAGGACUGCAGCCGAGGCUAUUGUUGCCAUGUCAUCAGAGAUACGUAACCAGUCAGAUGAUGCCGGUUGUCACACCUCACCUGAUGAUCUGAUGGACCCCCUACGUUGGUUCUCGGAGGUGGUUUUCUCAAACACAAGUGAUCUUGAUGGAAAAGCUGGAAGUUCAAGAGGUAUGAGUGAUGCUGAUAAGGAAGCCUCAGACGAUGAAGGGAUUGACUUCUUUGAGGCCAUGACAUUGAAGCUGGUAGAAACCAAGGUGGAGGACGAAUACCUUUGUAAUAAGCUGCAACAGGAGCAUGAUAAUCAAGAUGAUGAUUCAGGCAUCCCUCCAUUACUAUCCCGACCUCGGAGGCGUCAAACAAGGAGGCGGCGGCAACGGAUGGACUUUCAGAAGGACAUCCUGCCGGGUCUUGUAUCUUUGUCAAGGCAUGAGGUGACUGAAGAUCUCCAAUUGCUAGAAGGGCUGAUGAGAGCUUUGGGUUGCUCUUGGCAAAGUGGGCUCUCAAGGAAAAACACGGUUAGAAAUGGAUGGCAUUGUCGGGGAAGGGGUAGGAGGCAGCCAAGAGGUUUGGCUGCUGCGGCUCGGAUGGGGAAAUUGGUGGGCCAACCCCCAUGGCAACCUAGUCAUGGUGAAGUGGAACGCAAAGGGAUAAGCCUACAAGGGUGGGGGAAGACAACAAGGCGUUGUCAUCGGAGGCAGAGGUUACCGAUGGCUGAUGCUAUAUGAGAUUUUUCCUUUGUUUUGUUUUUUUUUGUUUUUCUUUUUUAUAGAGGGAUAUUUGGUUGUAUGGAAUUCUUCUAUGGCUCCGAAGAGAGCGAGGAAGCUGGUUGCCAUUCAAUGAAUGUAUGUAUGAAUGAGGGUUUAGACUCCCUUGUUGGUUUUGCACCAUUUUAAAAAAGGGUGGUGAUUCAGUCCUCACAUAUGACAGUUGAUGUGCAGGUAUCCAUAAAAUCCAAAUUAUGGGCCCAAUUGUUGAUGGAGCCUGCAUCAAUUCAUGCAAUCUCAACCAUCCAAUCAAUGGUUAUCAACUGGUGAGUGAUACAAAUUUUAAGUGGAAUUUUUUUUUAUGUGGAUAAUACUAUUUUGGGUGUGAUUUUCAUGUUAUGCUCCAUCCACAGUUGAAUCAGCAAUUUGGACAUUCUGGGCUGCCCUACAAUCAUGCCAUGUGCAUGGUUGAAGUCACCACUAUUUUCUUACUGGUGCUGAACCAACAUAGGAAUCUAGCACGCGAAUCAGAAUACCUUGGUAUAUACUCUGUUGUUGGCCCCGACAUUUUGGGCUCUUCAUCAUCGUUCUUGAGUUUA